AUGCACAUAUCUUAUCUUCUCCCUUCUGCGAGGUCACAGGGCUCUAGUUCCGAAGUACAGAACGCAACUAAUCGCAACAAAGAUAUAUCGCAGAUCGUAACAAAAGAAGAAACAGUUCCAUAUCCUAUUCCUGUAGAGAAGGAAGUACCAGUUCCAGUUAAAGUGGUCUUCGAAAGGCUGUUCCCGUACUACGUCCAGAAGCCUUACCCGGUCAAAGUUGAAAAGGCCGUUCCAGUGCCGCUAAAAGUACCGGUAUCUAGACCGUAUCCAGUCUACAAAGAAGUCAAAGUACCGUUCAAAGUAAUCGUUGAACGCCCCAAACCGUACCCUUUGCUUCAGCCUGUCCCGGUCUACGUCGAGAAAAAGGUACCCUUGUUUUUGGAAAAGAAGGUUCCUUAUGCAUUUAAGAAGUACAUAGAGAUCCCUAAGCCUUAUCAUGUAGCAGUACCAAUCAUCAAAAAGGUACCUUAUAUAUUAGAGAAAAGAAUACCUAUAAAAAUUGAGGUACCAGUGGAUAAGCCAUAUCCCGUAGAGGUGACUAAACCUUAUCCCGUAACCGUUGAAAAGAGAGUACCUUAUCUAGUUGAGAAGAGAAUACCAUACGCAGUGAAAGUGCCUGAGUACGUCGAGGUGCCAAUACCUAUCAAUGAAACAGAAACAAUCAAUGAUUCUGACAAACAAGGGAAAGUUAGCUUAAGAAAUUCAACGAUUAUAUAA